AUCAUUCUUCCUGAUGUUCGAGUUGAAAACCUUGACCAAAGGUGGCUACAGAAUGUUGUAAUGUUCUGAAUUCUUGCUAUAUAUACAAGACUUCACUCACCUCCGUAUAACAUAUCCAUCCAUUACAACAACAAAUGGCUUCUCUUUCUUUACCCAAAACUUCUUUUCUUCUUUUGUUCUUCUCAUCGUUCACCAUCAUCGCUCAUGCAAUAGUUCCGCAGAACGAGACCUUCAAAUUCGAAAACUCAGGUGAACUUGGACCCUUCAUCGUCGAGUAUGGUGCCGAUUACAGAAUGAUAAGCAUCUUCAACUCUCCCUUCCAAGUUGGUUUCUACAACACCACCCCAAACGCCUUCACUCUAGCUUUGCGCGUUGGACUCCAACGCUCGGAGCAACUUUUCCGGUGGGUGUGGGAGGCCAACAGAGGCAACCCAGUCGGAGAAAACGCCACUUUUUCACUCGGCACUGACGGAAACCUUGUUCUGGCAGAAGCUGAUGGCAGAAUCGCUUGGCAAACCAACACUGCCAACAAGGGUGUUGUGGCCUUCAGGUUGCUUCCAAACGGUAACAUGGUGCUCCUUGAUGCACAGGGAAAGUUUGUGUGGCAGAGUUUCGAUCACCCCACAGAUACCCUUUUGGUUGAUCAGUAUCUGAGAGCAAAAGGGCCAUCGAAAUUGGUUAGUAGGCUUUCAGAGAAGGAGAAUGUAGAUGGACCUUACAGUUUGGUUUUGGAGCCUAAAGGCUUGGCCUUGUACUACAAGAGCAAGAACUCCCCCAGGCCAAUUCUAUAUUGGUUUUCAUCUGAUUGGUUCUCCAUUCAACAAAACUCUUUGGAAAACGUCACCCUCACUUCUGAUUCAGAGAGCUUCGAAAUCGGAUUCGAUUACUUCGAGGCCAAUUCUUCCACCAGCGGCAACAGAAUCAUUGCCAGGCCGGUGAACAACAGCACCAUAACAUACCUGAGGCUUGGAAUCGACGGCAACAUCAAAUUCCACACUUACUUCAUGGAUGUGCGUGACGGUGUGUGGCAAGUGAGCUACACUCUUUUCGACAGAGAUUCUGAUGAGAGUGAGUGCCAGUUGCCUGAGAGAUGUGGGAAAUUUGGGGUGUGUGAGGAGAACCAGUGUGUGGGGUGUCCUUUGGAAAAUGGAGUUUUUGGGUGGAGCAAGAAUUGCAGUGCGAAGAGUGUGACAUCGUGCAAGGCGAAUGAGUUUCACUACUACAAAGUUGAAGGAGUUGAACAUUACAUGAGCAAAUACACUACUGGGGACAGAGUGAGUGAGAGUAACUGUGGAAACAAAUGCACUAAGGAUUGCAAGUGUGUCGGCUAUUUCUACCACAGGGACAACUCUAGGUGCUGGAUAGCUUAUGAUUUGCAAACCCUCACCAGAGUCACUAACUCCUCUCACGUUGGGUAUAUUAAGGUGCCUAAUUAGUGAAUUCAAAAUCAUCAUUGGUUUUGGAGUUUGAAUAAGUUGCUUCGUAUAAUUCUUAUUUGUGGUUUAAGUUGCAAUAAAACUAUGCCCUAUUUCUAUCUUAUGUGUAGAGAAGGACAUGGAUGUUCAAUAAAUUAAAGUUUGUAAAAAGCUUGUGAUUGGUUUGGUUUGGCUUAUGCUACAAUUCAUAUUUUUUGACGUUAA